UAUAUUUUGACAGUUCUGAAUUUUGACAAUAGAAAUAAAUUUUACACGUGCGAUUUGAAUAGUAUAAAAUUCUAUCUUUUAUUACCUAUUUAUGCUAUUACAUUAGUUGUAUAUGCUCUUGAAUAAUUAUUACAUUUCAGUAGAGAUUGUGUCACUACUUUCCCAAAUUUUGUAAGGGAUUUUUUCUAGCUCUAGCCUAAAAUAAUUCAACAUGGGUAAAAAAAGGAAACUUGUUGCAAAGGACGAUGAUUUUGAAUAUGACCCGGCACCUAAACAUUUGGUUACAUCGCAUAUUAAAAAACAGGAGAAACGUCUCAUUGUUAUAUUAGAGAAUGCUCAAUUGGAAACUGUAAAGAAUGGUAACAGUUUUGAGCUGCUGAACUGUGAUGACCAUGCUAAUAUUCUUCGUAAGAAUGACCGCGACCCCGGCUCAUGCCGGCCAGAUAUAACACAUCAGUCUUUACUUAUGUUAAUGGACUCACCACUGAACAGAGCUGGCUUGCUACAAGUGUAUAUACAUACAGAAAAAAAUGUGUUGAUAGAAAUUAACCCACAGACAAGGAUACCAAGGACAUUUAAGAGAUUUGCUGGAUUGAUGGUGCAACUGCUACACAAAUUUUCUAUCAGAGCUUCAGAUGGACCAAUGAAACUGCUGAAAGUAAUAAAGAAUCCUAUAACAUCUCAUCUUCCAGUAGGAGUGAGGAAAAUCACCAUGUCAUUCAGUUCGAAAGUUGUGCAUAACUGUAGAGAGUUGGUGCCUAAGGAUGAGCCUGUUGUAAUGAUUAUUGGUGCAAUGGCACAUGGCAAGGUAGAAGUAGAUUAUGCAGAAGAUGUUAUAUCAAUAAGCAACUAUCCCUUAUCAGCUGCACUCACAUGUGCAAAAUUAUGUUCUGCAUUUGAAGAAAUAUGGGGAGUAAUGUAAAUAAAAUUUGUAUACUUAUAAAA